CUUUGUAGUAAUAUUAAAUUAAGAUUUAAUUGAGCUUCCUGUGUGAUUCAAAACUUUGAGUGUUGAAAUUUGGAAUUUUCCUCCAUCUUUCCACAAAAAGUUGGGAAGUUUUCAUGGUUUCAGGUUUUGUGGCCUGUGAUUUAUAACAAAUAAGUUUCGUCUAGGAUGCUCAAGACUUUCAGUUAUUUGACUUUGGCAAAUAAUAUCAAGAAAAAUGAAGCAGAAAUUCAAAGCUAUCUUAGUACAUCCACAUUUGUUUGGCCUCUGGGCUGUUUUUCAAAAGGGUAUAAAGGACCUUUGCAAUUCUCCUCUGUUUCUUUGUGGUAAUUAUUCUGUUACACUUACAUUUUCUCCCUGUAACUUUGUCACCAAAUCAAAGACAAAAGAGGACUGAAAAAUGUUAUUUCAUGGAGACCAAAUUCAUGAUCCAUGGCAAAAACAAUUAUUCCAUCACACAAAAGAAAAAGAAGACUUUAGAAAAAACUCCUUUCUUUACCAAACAGUGGCCUUUAGUCUCAUCUGUAGAGCUAACAGGAAAAGAGAGGUGUUAGGAUUAUCUAGACCAUGUACCAUAGUGCAGUGCAAAUCUGAUGGGCAAUAUCCUUCGGUCUUCUGAACAGCAGCAUGCCUUCUUCACAUUUGCGGUCCAGCACAAGUUGAAAUGAAGGAUGCAAUCAGUGCCACAAGGCUGAGUGGGGAAAAAUAAGAGAAGAAAAGAGGAUGAUGUUCUUGAGUUUGUCCAAAAUCCUACUGAGACCUGAAGGAAUAAGUUUUAAAGCAUUUCUCACUCUGAACUUUGCCCUUGUUUCCAAAUCAUCUCCUUAGUACUCCUCUCUCUUUCUUUUUCCUGUUGCUUCCUCCCCUCCUUGCUCACUCCCUCCCCAAACAAAGAUUUCAGCUCACUCACGCAUGCUGCAAAGCAACUGUGUGAAGUCAUAUCCUGACAGAAUAAGGAACUGCGUAACCGACAUACACUAGUGUAGUAUGCUUCAUUAUACUUAGUUUGAUUACAAGGUAGUAGCGGUCACACAUCAGCUGGACAACUGUGAAUUGAAAAUGUUGAAGAGAAAGCCAUCUAACGUGUCUGAUAAGGAGAAAAGUCAAAAGCCAAAGCGCACAAGCAGCUUUGGAAGCUUUGACCGUUUCAGGCAUCAUUCGAUAUCAAAGACAGAUGAUUCGGCUGAGAUGUCUGAGUUGGAGACUAUAAGUGACAUUGGAGAUGGAGUACAAAAUAAAGCAGCAAAUAAUGGAGGGAGUUUGGGUAAGAAGAUGAGAGCCAUUUCCCUUACCAUGAGGAAAAAGAUGGGUAAAAAGUACAUCAAGGCACUCUCUGAGGACAUGAAUGAAGAAGGAAAAGAUGACAGUGAUCCUGGUGGUGGAAUACACCCUGAGAAGGUCUCCCUAAAAGCCAGUGACUCUAUGGAAAGUCUCUAUAGUCUGAACAGUGGCCAGAGCUCAUCUAGUGGGGUGACCAGCUGCUCAGAUGGAACAAGCAACAGAGACAGCCUCCGAUUUGAAGAUGAAGUCCCUUACACCGGGCCCUUCUGUGGUCGAGCCAAAGUUCACACCGACUUUACACCAAGCCCUUAUGACACUGACUCACUGAAAAUAAAGAAAGGAGACAUUAUAGAUAUAAUCUGUAAAACUCCCAUGGGCAUAUGGACAGGUAUGCUGAACAACAAAGUAGGAAACUUCAAGUUCAUUUACGUGGAUAUUAUCUUGGAAGAUGAAGCUGCACCCAGAAAGAUAAAGCCACACAGAGGAAGCAAAAGGACCAAGCCUAAAACAUUGCAAGAACUCCUGGAUUGUGUCCAUCUGCAGGAAUAUGCCUCAACCCUCUUGCUAAACGGCUAUGAAACUCUAGAGGAUUUAAAGGAUCUACAGGAGAGUCACCUGAUUGAAUUAAAUAUUUCAAACCCAGAAGACAGGGCAAGACUCUUAUCAGCAAUUGAAAAUCUACAGGACUAUGACAUUGAACAACAGCAGAAAAGUGAAGAUGGCCAAGAGAAGCAGAGCUUAAGCCCUCACCACGGGUUUAACAAAUCACAGUUAAAUGACUGUCCAAGAGAUUCUGGCUGUUACACCUCAUCAGAAAAUUCAGAUAACGGUAAAGAAGAAGCAGACUCAGAAACCCUGUCCGACAUGGUGCAGUCAAUAGCAAUCAGUGAGUGAAACUGAUUCAGUCCUGCUGCUUUUGCAGAUUUUCAGAAAAGACAACCAGAUUUGCUGGUACGAUGUCACAGAAGCAGAGUGCAAAAUAUUCUGAAGACUGAAAAUCUGCUCCUGUCUGAUGUAAAAUGUUUAAUAUGUGGACACUUGAUUGCUAAAUGUUAGCUGAUAGUAAAAAUAUCUCAUGCUUUUCUUUUCAACGAAUUCACAGAUAUUUUGCUGAAAAAAGUUUAUACAUAUGUAUUUAUAAAUAUUUGUACAGCAAAUGCAUUUUCUAUAAUAAUAGAGAAUUGUUUUAGGUAGUGGUACGUAAUCUGGACAUGUUCAUUUCUGGAACUGUCAAAAAUGUAAAUAUCUUACAUAUUUAUUUUAAAAAUAUAAGGAUUAACCACACUGUCUCUAUUUUCAGAUGUGUUUUGCUGGUAUUUGUACAGAACGUAAUUUCAUUGAUAUAUCAUCAUAAUAAAAAGAUGGGUACAUUCACAUCUUACUUGAAAAGUACCAAGCUAAUUCUCUUUAAUAUUAAUGGUGUUCCACACCCUUGUUCUCCAAACCAGGAUCCAAAGUAGACUCUCAUCCCUUACACUUUAUCCUGGAGGUACAAAAGAGCUGUAGUGUGUAUCUGAAUCAAGCUCUCUAUAUCCAUUAUCUUUUAGAGAACGUAGCCAUCUGAAUGGCUUAUGCACUGGCAGCUUCUUUAUUGUUAUUUUCACAACUGUUCUCAUUCUUCCCAAGCAUUAUAAAGAGAAUGCAAGCUUGGAGAAAAAAAAAAAAAAAAAAAUAUCAGUAUCAAUGCUAUACUUUUAUGAUCAUAUUUUGUAAAGCUCUUGCCUUUUGUGCGUGGUGUGGUUUGUUAAUACAGUAUCUGUUUGUUUACAACACUCAAGUUAAUAUGGUUAUUGUGCACCAUUGUCUUUCAUAUGAGAUUUUAUUGUCAUUUCCCAGUAUAUUUUGCACUUGAAUACACAUUUUAACUGCCUAUCUUCUUUUAGAGUACUUCCUUCAAAAAUAAACAGAAUUAUGAGUUUGAGUCCUUCAUAAGUUACUUGAUUUUUAAUGUGGUCAUUACAUUUCAAAGACUUCUCUGUUCUAAGACUAAUACAGUAAAUGGCAAUUCCACUGAGCGUUUUUAACAUGCAUAAUAAUCUCUGUAUCAAAUCAAUAGAGAAACUUUUUGAUCACCAAUUAGUCACAGGAUUUUAAUAAUUUAAGGCAUUUUGUAUUCAUGUUAAAAAGUUUCCAUGUACUGCUGACAAAUUAAAAGAAAAAUCACCUUCAGAGGAGAUGAAGCGUAGAAAGUUCUACCCCAAAAAGAGUAUUUCUGAAGAAACUAUGAACAAAUGGAAAUCCUUUCUCCAUUCUUUUUUUCCCUAAUGGAAAUGCUUUUUGUAGUUUUCGUGACCCCUUAAAUGGCUACUGCUGUCAGACUCAUAUGAUUUGCUUUGAAGGCUAUAGUGUAAACAUGGCAAUUUUACAAAAUCACAUUAACUACAUUGCAAAGUUUUGGAGUAAAUAAACUCUGUUUAGAAAAAUAAACAAGAAUAGAAGUUCAUAAGAUUUGUUUCUGGUUUUAACUUACUUUUACGCUGGCAACAAUCAUCAUCAUUUAGCAGCAAUAACUUGU